AUGUCGUCUUGUAGCGACUCUCCAAUGAACACUCCCACCUUGGAAUCUAAUGUCACAUCCGUCUCCGGUACAUACUCGAAAUCGCGCACAGGCUCUACUGACGGAUCGGAUGAAGUGGUUCCCAAGACAGAGGAACGUGAACUAUUGCUGUCCGAAGUCAAAGUAGAAUCGUUCGCGGAAGAGCCACCGAUUUCGCCCACAGAGCCAGUUCGGAUUAGACGCGGCCGAGGGCGACCACGACUAUAUCCGCCUCGGUCUCCAACAACAUCGAAAGCAACUAAAGCUCGCUCGAAGACCGGAUGCACAACAUGCCGCAAACGAAAAAAGAAGUGUGAUGAGACGAAGCCCUUCUGCCUGUCAUGCCAGAAAAACAACAUACAUUGCGAGGGUUACAAGCCCGUUGAGAUAUGGAAAAGUGGUAAAGAAAGGGCAGCAGAAGCGCGAAGGGGUAGCACCGACGUCAAGUUCGAACUGCCACCUCUCAUGGAAGGAGUGGAGAACGAUAUUGACCGAUUGCUCCUCCAGCAUUUCGUGAGCCGAGCAAGUUGUGUUCUUAGUCUACAUGAGGACCAAUCGACUAACCCUUUCACCAAAAUCCUACUGCCCAUGGCUUUGCGACAUGAGGGGCUGAUGCAUUCUGUGUUAUGCCUCUCCGCUUCGCACCUGUGUUCUAUCAACAAAUCUCAAGAGUACGAAGACCGGAUGGCUCAUCAUCGAGGACAGGCUCUACAUUUACUUAACCAGGAUCUCGAACGACACAAGGCUGGUGAAACAGGUGGGAUUAUCUACGAAGACUCCAAUGUUGCUCAGAUCUUGCUACAUCUUCUACAUUCAAUAACAGACGGCAAUACAUCCGGCGAGUAUCGUAUGCACAUGAUUGCUGCCAAGAAAAUCGCAAUGACCCAAAAGUCCAAGAAUCCGGAGUUCCAGAGCUUGUUCGACGAGUUUUUCUACUACCACUGGAUAGCAAGUCAGGUCACUUCGCUAGACGACGCCGAGGUGCCCAUGAUGGACGACUUCAAUCUCCCGUUCCAAGUCAACCCUUCAACUGCUGCACUCAUCGGAGUGUCCGACGGCCUGUUCGGCUUUAUCUCAAAAAUUAGCAAUUUGCGACGGAGAAUGCGAUCACGGGUCGACGAAGGACUGGAACCGAUCAUGGACUAUGAGGCGCUCCUGGCUGCGCAUGCGAUCGACUCGGGUCUGAGGAGUUGGGUCUGCCCGCAGACUCCCGGCACCCCACGCUAUACAAUAUCAAUGUUGUAUCGGCAGGCAACGUGGGUAUAUCUUUAUCGGACGACCAAGGAUUCAAAGCCGCAUCCCUUUAUCAAAAGUGCCGUAGACGACGGCAUUCGUUACAUCAAAGAACUACCAGCCGAGGGCUGGAUACAGAGCAACGUCUUGCUUCCACUUUUCCUAAUAGGCUGCGCCGCAUUCGAAGAAGACCAGCGCGUCGAGAUCAACAGAGCCUUCAGUGGGCUGAUGGCUUGUACUGGUCUAGGAAAUAUUACCUAUGCAAAGGAGGUGGUUGACCGGAUCUGGGCAUUGAUGGAUGCUAGAGACCCCGAUUCGUGGGAUUGGGAGAAGAUCAUUCAUGCGAAUGGGUGGGAUUUCCUUGCGACAUAG